AUGGCUGCAGCGUUAGCCAGCUCCCUUAUUCGGCAGAAAAGGCAGGCGAGGGAGCGGGAGAAAUCGAAUGCCUGCCGCUGCGUUAGCAGUCCGAACAAGACGAAGCCAUGCGAGAAACCGAGCCGGCUGUCUAUGUUCUCUCGGGUCAAACUCUUUGGCUCCAAGAAGAGGAGACGGAGGCGACCAGAACCCCAGUUGAAGGGGAUUGUGACGAAGCUGUACAGUCGACAGGGCUUCCACCUGCAGCUGCAAGCAGAUGGCACCAUCGACGGGACAAAGGAGGAGGACAAUGGCUACACCAUAUUCAACCUCAUUCCAGUGGGGCUUCGAGUGGUGGCCAUCCAGGGAGUUCAGACCAAGCUCUACCUGGCCAUGAACAGCGAGGGCUUCCUGUACACAUCAGAACACUUCACCCCGGAGUGUAAGUUCAAAGAGUCUGUGUUUGAGAACUACUACGUGACCUACUCCUCCAUGAUCUACAGACAGCAGCAGUCUGGUAGGGGCUGGUACCUCGGUCUGAAUAAAGAGGGGGAGAUAAUGAAGGGGAACCACGUGAAGAAGAACAAGCCAGCAGGCCACUUCCUUCCCAAGCCUUUGAAAGUGGCCAUGUACAGGGAGCCCUCUCUCCACGACCUGACAGAGUUCUCACGCUCCGGGAGCGGCACGCCCACCAAGUCCCGGAGCGCCUCGGCCGUGCUCAACGGAGGCAAGACGGUGAAUCAAAACUCCAAACCAACAACCUAA